CUUCUUCCCCACACAAUGAUACCUGCAGACACAGACACACACUCUUCUCCUCUCUUUUCAAUCACCACUGUUUCUUCACUACAAAGCGUAAAGUUAACGUCUCCCUACCCUUAACCCUUAACCCUAACCCUAAAAAACUCCCACAAAUAAAAAAAAAAGUCACUACUAGCUCCGUUCAUUUCUUCAUUUCCCCUUUUUUCUUUCCUCUCCUGCUCUGAUAAAUUAAAGAAGAAAGCUCUGUUUUUUCUGGGGGAUUCAACAGCCCAGCCAGCAAUGAGAGACAGGGGAAAAGCUGUGGAGAUUGGGGGAAAUAACUUCACAGAUUUCACUGAAAUGCCGUGCAAGAAACACCCGUCUUGCUCCUCCGUCGGAAUCUGCCCUCAGUGCCUCAAAGACAGGCUCGUGAAGCUGGUUUGCUCCGAGUGCGGGGAACAGCGCCUCUCGUCGUGUUCUUGCUCUGAUAUUUCCUCUUCCAGGAUCUCGUUCUUGAUCGAGAACGAGAAGGGCGCGGAUCAGGGGCCGCCGCCGCCGCCGCCGCGGCGGCGGAGGGAGAAGACGGCGGCGGCGGAGGAGGUGAUUGUGCUGCGGCGGAGCAGCAGCAGCUGCGUGGAGAUCAAGAAGAGCAGCAAUGGAUUCUGGAAGAUCAAGCGGCUGUUCGCAAGAGGGACAAGCAAGAGGGAAAAGAGCUAUUCCGAUGAGGUAGAAGAGGAGGAAGACGACGACGAUCACGAUCACGCCCACCAGGUGUUCGACGAAAUGCGUGUGUCAAGAUCUCGCUCUCUGUGCAGCUUCCGAGACGAAGGCUCCGAUCAGUACCGAUUCUCCAGCGCCAAGAUUUCAGAUGUCACCGGCGGAGUUCUGUUCGACGGCGAGGAGCCAAGGAAAAGCGGAUUCCGAGGCGGCGGCGGAGGAGAAAAGGCCAAUUUCCCAUUCCCAAGAAGCGUAUUCCCUGUAAAAGAGAGCGAUUUCAGCGCCAUGGAUGAAUCGGCCUUCAUUGACAUAAAACUCGACCUUUCUUCCUCUCUUAGGCUCAGCAAUGCAUCAGAUCAUGACUCCUCUUCUGCAAUUUCACUCUCCACCAUGAAACCAUCUGGGAAUGGAAUGCUAUUCGGUUCUUGUAGAAUCACAGGGAAUGGGAAUGGGAAUGAAUUUGAUAAGGGAAUGAAGAGGAGUGGGAAAGGAAACAGAGUGUGGAAAUGGAUAUCCAGGCAAAGCUCUGGGAGAAGAAGUGCAAGUAAAAAAGAUGAUAAAUAUUAUUAAUUUCUUCAAAAUCAAAAUCUUGAGAACAAGAAAAAAAAACAAACCAUUAUCAACAACAAUGUUUCCAUCAUCCAUCUGUUUCUCUCUUAUGUUUCUUUGAUUAAUUAGUAGUUUUAGAAAGUCUUCAAGUGAAUACAAAAAAGCCUUGUAGUGGUGACAAAGUAAAUAGAAAUAUGCUUCUUUCUUCCAAA